UUUAGGGUUUUGGGGAUGGAAGACGCGAUCGAGGAGCGCUACACGCGAUGGAAGUCCUCCGUGCCCCUUCUCUACGACUGGUUUACUAAUCACAAUCUCACCUGGCCCUCUCUCAGCUGCCGCUGGGGGCCUUCGGUGGAGCAGGGAUCAUCUAGAAAUCUUCAGCAGCUCUACUUCAGCGAGCAGACUUAUGGGCAGUAUCCAAACACGCUUGUAGUUGUCAACUGUGAGAUCAUAAAACCACGAUAUGCUGCUCACGAGAGCUUAUCCCAGUUUAACGAGGAAGCUCGAUCGCCAUACAUCAAGCGGCUUAAAACCGUGAUCCAUCCUGGCGAGGUGAACCGAAUACGAGACUUACCUCAACUUAGCAGCAAAGUUGUGGCCACGCACACUGAUAAGCCCGAGGUGUACGUGUGGAAUCUCGAAUCACAGCCAAAUCGAUCUCCAGCACCAGGAGCUUCUCCUUCAAAGCCUGAUAUGGUAUUGACGGGCCAUACCGCAAACGCGGAGUACGCUCUUGCAUUGUGUUCGUGUGAACCGUUUGUUCUAUCUGGAGGACAAGAUCGGAAGGUUCUGCUUUGGGACAUCAACGACGCCGUAUCUGGACUUAAUACACCAGGAAGACCUACUAUGAACAGCGGUGGAACAGGCAUGAUAAGCAGCACUCACGUUUCAGCAACUGGCAUCUUCAAAGGUCAUUCUAAAACUGUGGAAGACGUUCAGUUUCGACCAUCAAGUGCAAAUGAGUUUUGCAGCGUCGGAGAUGACCGCUGUAUCAUUUUUUGGGACAAGAGACAGGGUAACAGUCCAGCACAAAAGAUUACUGAUGCACACGACGAUGAUAUUCAUUGCUUAGAUUGGAACGCUCAUCAGGAGCAUUACAUUUUGACAGGGUCCGCCGAUACUUCUGUCAAGCUCUUCGAUCUAAGAAAACUGGAUUCGAAUGAAAGUGGCUGUCAAGUGAAAAAGUUCAAAACACACGAAAGUGCAGUCUUGGGUGUGCAAUGGUGCCCUGCAAAAGCGUCAGCUUUCGCUAGUGCUGCAGCGGACUCCACGGUGAGCAUCAGUGAUAUCGAGAUAAGUUUCAAGAGCUCAGAUUCCAACGCAAACCAUUCGGAAGGACUGAUCUUCAAGCACAUUGGACACAGGGGCCAAAUCGUCGACUUCCACUGGGAUCCUUUGGAGCCAUGGUUACUGGCGACCGUGUCCACAGACGCGAAAGGUGGCGGCACACUACAGCUUUGGCGACUUAGCGACUUAAUCUACCGACCAGAAGACGAAGUUCUUGCAGAGCUAGAGAGCUUAACGAAUAAGUCCACAAUCUGAUCUAACAGCGCUGGAUAUACUCUGGUAUAUUUAUUCAUCUCACAUGUCGCUGGUUUCAAUCAAGCUUGCUGCAGGCUUUUGGUAAAGUCGAGUAAAUGCAAAACAAGUUUGGUACUGCGCGAAUGCUGCAGCUCACACCAAACUGGCGGA